ACUCGUCAAUACGCUUCAAUACUACAGCCUACCAGACAGACAUAGCCUAUUCCAGUUUCCCAGAAGCAGAUAGAGUGCUGCUGCAAUAAGAGUCGUUAUUUCUGGUUAGGAGAACGAUACUAAUGCGAACUAAUGCUAAGGUUCAAGCACACAAAAGUGUCAAAUAAAGGACCAAUGUCUCAUCAAAAAACAAGAAUGGGUCAGUCAGAGAGCGGGCACAUUCAUGUUGCUUCGAGGCAACAGAGAUCAGAGGAAUGCACAGCUCUGCAGUCAGAUGUUCCAGAUGUUCCUCUAGCUGUAGUUGAGGAGAUCCUACUGAACCUGCCUGCACAUCAGGUGGUGCGAGUCUGUCGGCUGGUGUGUCGUGAGUGGAAGGAGCUGGUGGACAGUGCUUCACACUGGAGAGAGCGCUGUCGGAGAGAGGAGAUCCAGCCCUGUGAUGCUUCCAGAACCCCAGAGGACUGGCGUCUAUUUUACUUUAUAACUAAGAAACGACGGAACUUGCUCAAGAAUCCCAGUGCUGAUGAUGUUCUUCAAAGAUGGGAGAUUGUACGUAAUGAAGGUGAUGGCUGGGCGGUCGAGGGAAAUAGGAAACCAUUUCCGGACGACACAGUCACCAAAUGUUUUGUAACAUCUUAUGGGAUAUGUUUGAAGCGACAGCUGAUUGAUUUGAAGAAAGAAGGUUAUAAUGCUGCUUUAAUGGAUCAACUGCAACCUCAUAUCAAAAUAUCAGACUGGUAUGCCCCAUGUCCUGACUGUGGAAGUGAGUAUCAGAUCUGUGUAGAGUUGCUUGAUCAGAGGAAAAACCCCAUCAGGACCUUUCAGCCUGAGAAAGUUGUAUUUCCAUCUGGGAACUGUGAGCCGUGGUGUCAAACGACUCACGUCUUUAAGGAUUAUGGACCUGGAGUUCGGUUUAUUCGUUUCACUCAUGGUGGGAAGGAUACACGUUUCUGGGCAGGCCAUUUUGGAAUACGGAUCACUAACAGUAGUGUGGAGAUCUGUCCAGCUGAUGAGGGGUCAAGACGUUCAAAAGUGUCAAAUAAAGGACCAAUGUCUUAUCAAAAAACAAGAAUGGGUCACUCAGAGAGCGGGCACAUUCAUUUUGCUGCGAGGCAACAGAGAUCAGACAAAUGCACAGCUCUGCAGUCAGAUGUUCCAGAUGUUCCUCUGGCUGUGGUUGAGGAGAUCCUACUGAACCUGCCUGCACAUCAGGUGGUGCGAGUCUGUCAGCUGGUGUGCCGUGAGUGGAAGGAGCUGGUGGACAGUGCUUCACACUGGAGAGAGCGCUGUCGGAGAGAGGGGAUCCAGCCCUGUGAUGCUUCCAGAACCCCAGAGGACUGGCGCCUGUUUUACUUUCUUACUAAGAAACAACGUAACUUGCUCAAGAAUCCCAGUGCUGAUGAUGAUCUUCAAAGAUGGGAGAUUGUACAUAAUGGAGGUAACCAUUGGGCGGCAGAGAUGAAUAGGAAACCAUUUCCCGACGACACAGUCACCAAAUGUUUUGUAACAUCUUAUGGCUUAUGUUUGAAGCGACAGCUGAUUGAUUUGAAGAAAGAAGGAUAUAAUGCUGCUUUCAUGGAUCAGCUGCAACCUCAUAUCAAAAUAUCAGACUGGUAUGCACCACGCUUUGAUUGUGGAAGUGAGUAUCAGAUCUGUAUAGAGUUGCUUGAUCAGAAGAAAAACCCCAUCAGUACCUUUCAGCCUGAAAAAGUUCUAUUUGAACAGUGGAACGAUGAGCCAUGGUGUCAAAUGACACAUGUAUUUAAGGAUUAUGGACGUGGUGUUCGGUUUAUUCGUUUCACUCAUGGAGGGGUGGAUACACAGUACUGGGCAGGCCAUUAUGGAAUACGGGUCACUAACAGUAGUGUGGAGAUCUGUCCAUCUGUCCAGAGAUAGUGUUUUCCUGCAUGAUUUUUUUACAUUCCUAAAUUUACCAGGCACUAUAUUACAAAUCUCUGUUGUAAAUAUUAGUGACUGUAAGCAUGCAGCCACAGAUAUGCACUGCUUAUGAUGUGAUCAAUUACUUAAGUGCAAUAAAUGACUCCAGGUUACUGUGUGUAAGUGAUGUUAAGCUUUGAAACUCAUACACUCUAACACACUCUAGCAACUGAGUUCUUUCUGUCCCUCUAUUAACAGCUACGCAACUGACACUUUGAUGCUUCAAAAAGUGAUCGUAAAACUAAUCCAUAUGAAUUGAAAAUGCAAGUGCACUGAUGAAAAUACUAGAACGUGUUUUGCAUGAUCAUCCAGAUGCCACUGAGAUAGGAACAUGGAGUGAGAGUUGUGUACCUCAGAACAGGAGCUUUUGCUAUGGCAGAUUUCUUGACAAGGCAUCCUCAAAUAAAAAGAUUACAAUGAAGUACUUUACUUCAGGCCACUCUGCAGUACAAUAACAUGCAAAGCCAUAUUGAAAAGGCAAUAGCAGUGUCUGAAUUCUAUUCACCGCUGUACUUCUUGCAUGUUUUACUGAAGGUGAACACAUGAAAUCAUACAGAUGAAGAGUACAAAUUUCUGACUUUCAGGCAUGUUCUAAGCUGUUUCAGUUCAAACAGGUCCCAUUCUCUGAAGUGUCUCCUCAGUGUCCAUAUACUCUUCAUUACACUGUCACAUGCACAGUCUAGAGUUAAAGUAGACCUAAGAGGGCCAUGUUUAAAUUCAUGCCAUUAACAGAUAUAGAGUAUUAUAGUGCUGUGUUGAAAAACUGAGUCUGUCAAUGUGAUGAUUUACAGGCAUUUUAUGAAAUGAGGUGAGAUGAAAUGUUAAUUUGUACAUUGUUGGAUAGCUGAAAUAAUAUAAAUACUUUAAAUUUGAAAUAUUUUUAAUUAUAUAUGUACAAUGAAAUAUUUUUCAAUGUUUAUUAAAAUUUGCUGAAGCAUU